AUGGUGCAAAUUUCAAAGGUUCUUGUAGCAGCUUCAGUUGCUGGUUUGACCGCUGCUAAAAAGGUGUUUAUUGACAACGAUGGAUUGGCUCCCUUGCAAGUUUUGUUUCCUUUGUUGGCCGGUUGGGAAGUCCUCGGUAUCUCUACCUCGUUCGGUUCCUCUUCUACAGUGGAUUCUGCAGGUGCAGCCUACGACGUGUUAACAGCCUACAACUUGACUUCUUGUAUUCCACACUAUGUAGGUGCCCAACAGCCAUUGUUGAGAACUCAGGACACCUUUGACACCUGGCAAUCCCUCUUCGGAGAAUUGGUAUGGCAAGGUGCCUUCGCUCCUUCCUACGAAGAUCUUUACUCUUGGGACAAUAUCACCUACAACGACUCUGUCCCAGGUGCCGUAGCCUUGAUUGAAGCCGUCAAGGCCAACAAGGAUACUGACCCUGUCUAUAUCUAUGCUGCAGGUAUGAUGACAACCGUUGCUCAGGCCAUUUCCCUCUACCCAGACCUCGUCAAGGAUGCUGCCGGUUUGUACAUUAUGGGAGGGUAUUUUGAUCAACAAUUCGCAGCCGGCACUGGAACUCCUAUUGUCAAUGACAUAAACACCGACAUCAACUUGAUGCAAGAUCCAGAAGCUGCCCAAAUCGUCUUGACUGCCAACUGGACUGAAUUGUACAUCGGUGCCAACGUCACCAACUACUUGGUUCCAUCCCAAGAAUUGUACGACAGACUCAUCACCAAGGCCGGUGGCUACAGUGUGUUGGAAGAAAACUCCUACUUAGAACCAGUCUUGAACUUGGUUGCUACGGGAAACUACACUGAAAAUACUUCUGAACAGACCCUUCCAUUCUGGGACGAAGUAGUCUCUGCCUUCAUGGUGUGGCCAGACAUGGUUCAAAGCACAACAAACUUCUCUGUAGCUGUGGACACGCAGUUCUACUCUCCAUUCUACGGAAGUUUGAGAAUCUGGGGUUCUGAGUUUGCUCCAAAGGGCCAAAUCACCGGUAAUGCCACCAUCGUCAACAAGAUCGACGACAGCAGAUUCUACGACUUAUUGGUUUCUACAUACUUCAUGGACUGGAGACAGUAUUGUGAAGUUGGCGGUCCAGUCACUUUAGAAGGCUACUAA